AUGGAUGAGGGUUACAGCAGCAGAGAAAGUGGGGGAGGGGCGAAGAAGGGCUGUGUUCUUGAGGUGGAAGACGGCAGUUCUGGAUUUCUUGUUCCGCAUGUAUGCAGCCUUGCCAGCAGUACUGCACACUCUGCCUGCAUAACAUGCCUUUCAAAUUUAAAAGGAAAGGAAAAGGAUCUUUUUAACACCAUUUGCAGAGGAUGCCAAAUAAAAGAUUCAGGGGUGUGUAACUUGACAAUCCAUGUUGAAUUUGCCCAAUUUACUGGGCCUGGAGGCUGUGUUUGCGCCUGGGAGAAAGAGGGAGGUAUACAAGAGCUCUUGGCACAAUGCGAGCUGAGGCCAGCGCCGCACAAGAGAAGGACAAAGACUGACUUGCAGUCAAGUGGAUUAGUAGAAUUUGAAUAUACUGCUGGAUCAUGCACAGAGCAAAUUAGAUUUUGUGUGAGUAAUUCCAUCUGUAACAAAUGUUUGGCACCUGUCCUUCAAGCUUGCAAUGAGGCGCAGUGUGACCAUAACAGCUGUGGGCAAGAAACUCAAAAUUUCUAUGGUAGCGUGCCGCACGAUUUUGCCGAGAGGCUUGUCAUGUGCGAAUGUGAUCCUUCAGAUGUAAGCUGCCUACAAAUGAAAGCAGCAAUACAUGGCAGUACAUGUGGAGCCAAUCCUUGGAUCUGUCAGGAGGUUGUGACGCGCUGUGUGGAGGACCAGCAUUGCAGAGACUUGCUCACUAAAUUUCAAGCCAAGUGCUGGCGCUACGAUGAAUCACUGUGUGGCGACGUUGGUCUUCAAAGUGAAUGUUUCCACUUCAUGAAUCCAGCUCUGAUCCUUGGAGGAGAGUUGGAAUGCAGAAAGGCCUUUGUGGCAACUCUGGGCACUGCUCUGCACCACCCUUGCACAUGCCAACAUGUGCAUGGUGCUGAUCUCGACACAUGCCGUACGAUUCAUGAUGUGCUGCACAACAGAACGCACUUCAAGAUCCGCUGGAUGAGGGUUAAUGGUCCUUCUCAUCCUCCUGCAAUCAGUGAAUCAGAAGAAGGUCAGAGCGGGUUGUCUGAGUACGUACUUUUUGGCUGUACAGCGAUACUUUUAGUCGGAAUUCUGUUAAUGCCUUUGGCAAUUUUAUGUAAAAGAAGGUUGGUGAAGAAAACCAAGACACAAGACAAGACCAGAUUUCAGCCUCUUCCAAAAAGUAGUAGCACUGUUACUCCUCACGAAUUUCCAUAA